GCCAAAGUGGGUGGGAGUGCGUGCUGCUGGGAGUUGCUUGGAGGUUGGCAGCGCGGGGCUGCGGGCUAGCAAACCGAGCGAUCAUGUCGCACAAACAAAUUUACUAUUCAGACAAAUACGACGACGAGGAGUUUGAGUAUCGACAUGUCGUGCUGCCCAAGGACAUAGCCAAGCUGGUCCGUAAAACCCAUUUGAUGUCUGAAUCUGAAUGGAGGAAUCUUGGCGUUCAGCAGAGUCAGGGAUGGGUCUAUUAUAUGAUCCAUGAACCAGAACCUCACAUUUUGCUGUUCCGGUGCCCACUACCCAAGAAGCCAAAGAAAUGAAGCUGGCAAGCUGCUUUUCAGCCUCAAGCUUUACACAGCUGUCCUUACUUCUAACAUCUUUCUGACAACAUUUUAUGUUGCCUUCUUGUUUCUCA